CUGCAAUUGCAGGAGAUCAUGGAGAAGGUCGCGAAAAUCUGAUGAGGUUCUUGGUUUCAGGAAUGAGUAGAACGAAGCUUCGGCUUCGUUUUAUGGGAACUAGGGCUUUAUUCACACCUUCGACAUCCACGAACAGCAUGAGUUUCAGUGCGCAUCAAAUGAUAGAUUUUAUUACUAGCAACCAGGAAUGUUUGAGCGAGUUAUGAGCAGAUUGUGACAGUGAAUUGACCUGUACGCUCUUGUUCUUUCUAGUGC